AUGGAUCCUUCCAGGAUAUUUGGUUCCAAGUCCAAUGCAAAUUUACCAAAAACACAUUUGAAUUCUAAAAGCAAAAGACUUUGUGGUUUCGGGGCUCGAACCCGGAUAUUAAACGACCUAAAAUUGGCCCGACUUCCACAAACUUCCGGAAGGAGGCUCUCGAGGAUUCACUUUCAAGUUUCAGCUACUGCAGCAUCCCGUCUGAACAUCUUGCAAACCUUUCUUCAUCGGGUUUUAAAUCCCCAAAAUCUUGCGUCCCACCUUUUCAAGCAUCACCAGGCUGAGUAG